AUGGAGUUCAACAGCACUGGUUUCAACGCUACCCUCUCCCAUGCCGCCGGCAUGGACAAGCCCUCCUAUUCCAACUUCUACGCCCUGGCUGACCAGCAGUUCCCCGAGUACAAUAUGCUGGAGAAGCUCUGGUGGGCGCACUACGCCUACUGGGACAAUACCAUCAUCGCCACCGGCAUCAUCACCUUCCUCUCCCACGAAUUCGUCUACUUCGGUCGCUGCAUCCCCUGGGCCAUCAUCGACGCCCUCCCCGGCCUGUUCCUCAAGUACAAGAUCCAGGACCAGAAGAUGCCGUCUGCUGCCGACCAGUGGAACUGCAUCAAGUACAUCCUCCUGAUCCAUUUCAUCGUCGAGCUGCCCAUGAUCGUCCUCUUCCACCCCAUGAUGGAGCUCUUCGGUGUCAGCUUCGACGCUCCCUUCCCCAGUCUCCGCACGAUGAUCCCGCAGGUACUCCUCUGGUUCUUCAUCGAGGACGCCUACCACUACUGGCUGCAUCGUGCCAUGCACUGGGGUCCGCUGUACCGCGCCGUGCACCGCGUCCACCAUCAAUACGCCGCCCCCUUCGGGCUCACUGCCGAAUACGCCAGUCCCUGGGAAACCAUGUUCCUGGGCUGUGGAACCAUUGUGCCGCCUCUGAUCCACGGGUGGAUCACAGGCAAUGUGCACCUCAUGGCAGUCUUGGUCUGGGUGACCCUGCGCCAGUUCCAGGCGAUUGACUCACAUUCUGGCUACGAUUUCCCGUGGAGCAUGCGGCACUGGAUGCCGCUGUGGGGCGGGGCCGAUUUCCACGAUGCUCAUCAUCAUUAUUUCUGGGGCAACUAUGCUAGCUCGUUCAAGCAUUGGGACAUCAUCUUCGGUACUGUCGCCACUCCCGAGGCGAGACAGAAGCGGCGCGAAAAGAGACAGGCCGAGCUGGCCAUGCGGGCAUCGAAGAAGAACGAGUAG